ACAACUUCGGUGUAGUUACUUCGGUAUCCCUGCAGUUGUAAGAUGCAUUUCUCCCACAGCCGCUGGCUGCAUUCGAUCCUUCUGUUCCUGCUGGCCUUCGUUGGAACCACACUCAGUAGAGUUCAGGAGGUGCACGAUGUGUUGGAGUUGACCGGCCAGAAGGCCAGCAAGCUAAGGUUUUCCACGGACGUGGCCACCGGCAAAUAUACUCCGCCGGAGGAGAUGGAUCCUCAAUUCUGGUACAAGCUCGCCGACGAGGAGAUCACCAAGAGGCUGCAGCUACCACAGCCCAAUUCCCUGAAAGCCAAGAACGUGAUUAUGUUCCUCGGCGAUGGUAUGCCACUCUCCACCGUCACAGCUGCUCGCAUCCUGAAAGGACAACGCCAAAACAAAACUGGAGAGGAGUCCUCGCUGAGCUUCGAGAAAUUCCCAUAUUCCGGACUAAGCAGAACCUACUGCGCCAACGCCCAAGUACCCGACUCUGCCUGCACUGCUACCGCCUAUCUGUGCGGCGUGAAAACCAACAUCAUUAAUAUCGGAGUAAGUGCAGCAGUAAACUAUAACAACUGCACCGCCAGCCAGGAUCCCGCCAACCGCCUGACCUCCAUUGCGGAAUGGUCCCAGAAUGCCGGCAAGUCCACGGGCAUUGUGACCACCACCACACUGACCCACGCCAGUCCAUCGGGAGCAUAUGCCAAGACGGCCAACCGAAUGUGGCAGAGCGACACGGAUGUGACCAGCUAUGGAGUGGAUGCCAGCACCUGCAUCGACAUGGCCACCCAGCUGGUGACCCAGACGCCCGGCAAGAACUUCGAGGUCAUGUUCGGCGGCGGAAUGGGCAAGUUCCUACCCAAAACCAUGAAGGAUAGUCACGGGACGGCUGGCGAGCGAUCCGAUGGGGUGAAUCUGCUCUCCCGCUGGCAGGCACUCCACGACAAAGGCGUCCUGGUCACCAAUCGCAAGCAGCUGCUCAAUGUGGACGUUUCGGCCGCCUCCAGCAUAAUUGGUACCUUUCAAUCGGACUUGAUGGACUUUCACAUGGACGCUGAUCCCACCUAUCAGCCCACUCUCUCGGAACUCACCGAGGUGGCCAUCAAGAAGCUCAGACAUAAUGAAAACGGAUACUUCGUGUUCAUAGAGGGCGGUCUCAUUGACUAUGGCAACCACUACACCCAGGCGGGCUACGCCUUGGAUGAGUCCCUGGAGUUCGAGAAGGCCAUUCAGCUGGCUCGUGACAUGACGGACAUCGAGGACACGUUGAUUGUGGUGACCGCUGAUCACGGACACGCCGUCAGCAUUGCCGGUUAUCCUGGCAGAGGUACACCCAUCCUGGGAAUCAAUCAACAUGACACCGACAUCAACGGAGUGAAGUACUCGGUGCUCAACUAUGCGGCUGGACCCAAUCAGUAUCUGGAUGAGAGUGGGCAGCGCAUUCCUCUGGACGAUAUCCUUGGCCCCGAUGACGCCAUAUCACCCAGCUACAUCGCCAAGGAAAUCGGAGUGCACUCUGGGGAGGAUGUGGGUGUUUGGGCAUCCGGUCCGCAGAGUCACCUUUUCACCGGAGUGAUGCAGCAGAGCACCAUUCCCCACCUGAUGGCCUACGCCUCGUGCGUUGGCAGUGGAAAGCAGGUGUGCAAUAAAUAAUGGAGAUUUAUAGUGAGCCUAAAGACACCGCUUGUCCUUUCUUUAGUAUAAAGCAUAUCACAUUUUAAUAAACCUUGUUCUAAUACUAA